UCUCCUGCUCCCCAGGCCGCCGAGCUGCCCUACCCCGGGCCUUGCUCAGCGCUAUGAGUGGCCCGCGGUGCGCGCCGUGCCGCCGCUGGCUCCCKGCUCUGCUGCUGCCGGCGCUGCUGCUGCUGCUGCUGCCGGGCGCCCGCCUCGACCGAGGCGCGCAGCCCGUGCUCUGCGCCCCCUGCACCCCCGAAAGGCUCGCUCUGUGCCCGCCCGUCGCGCCCGACUGCCCGGAGGCGGCCCGUCAGGCCCGCUGCGGCUGCUGCCAGACCUGCGCCCUCGGGCCGGGACAGCCCUGUGGGGUUUACACCGCCCGCUGUCGCCUGGGGCUCCGAUGCCACGUCCCCGCCGGAGAGCCCCGGCCCCUCUCCGCCCUCAUCCAGGGCCACGGGACGUGCCUGCCUGCCAGUGAGGUCGGAGCGAUGCGCACGGCACAGCCGSCAGACUCUGUAGAACCUGAUGAUAUGCCUUUGGAGAGCACUGAAGUAACACAGGAUCAGCUGCUGAGCUAUCAGCUGAUGAUUCCCAUAGGCCCAGAUAAAUCCAUCCCCUGGAAUUCCAUCACUGCAUAUGAAAACAUGAAAGCAAAGAGAAUAUCUGAACUCAAGAAAUGGAAAGAGCAGGGUCCUUGUCAGAAGGAGCUCUACAGAGCCCUGUAUAAAUUGGUGAAGGCCCAACAGAGAAGCAGAGGGGAGAUUUACAAAUUCUACUUACCCAACUGCAACAAGAAUGGAUUUUACCACAGCAAACAGUGUGCAACUUUACUGGAUGGAGAGUCUGCUGAAUGCUGGUGUGUCUAUCCAAUAAAUGGCAAAAGAAUUCCUGGAUCUCCAGAAAUUAAAGGAGACCCAGAAUGCCAACAGUAUCUCAGCUCACAAGAAUAAAACUAAGCACCAAGGUUUUUCAUACCACGUUUUCUGUGGGGCCUGUUCUACUCAGGACCCAUUUUACUAAGGUAGUCUUGUGCACCUGAUUUUCAGUGUAUGAGUAACCCCAUAAAGUAACAUUUUUACUGCACUGAGAUUGCCUAGAUGCUCAAGUAACAAAUAAGAGCAACUGCAAGAUCAAAUCCCUAUAAUCUUGUAUAUUUUGUUUGUAUAAUAUUAUAGAUAACCUCAUAUGUAAAGCUGAUUAAUUAUUUAUUUCACAGUGCAUGUAUUUUUAUCUUAUGUGUUAUUACUAAUUUAUGUUCUCAAACACUUCAUAACUUUAUAUUUAAAUACUUAAUAUUAUUAUUCUUAAAUGUAUGCAUCAUAUUGGGAGAAUGUUGCUACUUAAGGCUUCAAAAGGCAUAGUUACUGGGAAAAAUGGCUUGUAAACUUGCAUUUUUUGUACUACAUAUUUAUAGAUGUAAAACUAAUUUUUAAAAAAUGUAUUUCAGUAGAAAGUGUGCUUAGAAACUUAUUUAAAACCUGUUUUGUGUAUCUAUUAUGUUACUUUUACGUCUCUGUUUCAAUGCCAAGCUGUUUCUUAUAAAAGCAAGAUUAUAUACUGAAACUCCUGAUGGGACAGUAUUUCUAUCUAUUUUUUUAAACAUAUGCACUGGAUAAAUGGCAAAACACAAUAUGAUAUUCUGCACCACCUUUAACAGGUGUAGGUCGUUUGCAUGUUGACAAUAGUGUGUUAUUUUAAAUGAGCUAUUAAAUGUCUUCUAGUCUGUC